AUGCUGACAGAUUCUUUCUGCACUGAACCAAAGUCCACUCACAAUGCCAUUGAGAAGAGGUACAGAAUGAGCAUCAAUGAUCGAAUUGUGGAAUUAAGAGAGCUUCUAGCUGGCAAGGACUCAAAGUUGAGCAAAUCAGCAGUCUUGAGAAAAGCCAUAGAAUACAUCAGAUAUCUUGUGGCUAACAACAACAAACUGAAGCAAGAGAACAUGGCGCUGAGGCUGGCGAGUAAUGGUAGCCAAGGUUGCUCAUAA